UGGAAAAGUCGACGAUAGACCAAAACGAAGUGGUGUCGUCGAGUAGCGAUGAUGUGGAAACAAAUCGAUGUCUAAAUGCAGGUGAAGUAUCAUCAAGCGAUACUGGUGGGCUUUCCAGAAUGGCUGAUGACACAUCGAUUGAAGUUUUAGCAUCAAGUACUGCAGAAAGAUCAAGCACUGCAGCCACCGAAUCUUCCCAGAACUUUGUGCCGAAAGGAGCGGGUUGCGUGUCCAGCACGGAUGCCCCCAUACCUGCUGAAACCUGCGACCGCUACCACAGUGAAGAUUCCACAAAGAGUGAGAAAGAUGAUGCAAGUAAAAGGAAAGGUGGACAAGGAGCAGAUUCAUCAAGUUCUUGUGAUCAAGCAAUGACAAAAAACGAACCAAGGUUUAAAUUGCCAGGUAUAAACUUGAGUUCCACAAAACAAGGACAAAAAAGUUCCAGCAAUCAUGAAACUGCAUCAACAAGCUCAGGUUUUGCAGUUCCAUCAUCAGUUGAAAGACCUAAAAAGGGUACAAUUGCAUUUGCCUUGCCCAAGACUCUUCCAAAAUCAAAACACGGUUCUUUCCAAGGAAGUGAAGGAGCUCGGUCGAAACAGGAAGAGAAAGAUAAAAGUUCUGAUGUUUCAAAGAGGCUUGAUAAGAAAUCAGAAGAAAACGAAAAGGCAGCUGCUAACGCGCCUCCUCUUCCAUAUAAAGAACCAUCAUGGAGUGGUGUUCCUAGCCAAGAGUAUCACCUUGAAGUACUGAAGAAUGGAUCCAUUCUCUCCAAAGUUGCAUUGAAUGACAAACCCUACCAUGUAUUUGGACGAUUAGCAUCUUGUGAUUUUCAGAUGGACCACCCUUCCUUAUCACGUUACCACAUGGUCCUUCAGUAUAGACCUACAGGAGAUGGCGAGCAUGAUCCAGGCUUUUAUGUCUUUGAUCUUGGAAGCACCCAUGGGUCUUUCCUCAACAAACAGCAGUUAAAGGCUAAAGCCUUUUACAGAAUGAAUGUGGGACAUAUGUUCAAACUUGGAGGAAGUACAAGACUCUUUAUCCUACAGGGACCAUCAGGUGAACAAGAGGAAGAAUCUGACAUGACCAUUACAGAGCUGAAGGAACUCAGACAAAAACAGAUGAUGCAGAUGGAAGAGAAGAAGAAGAGAAAAGCAGAGAAAGAGAUGGCAGCUAUGAAAGCUCAAGAAAAGAAAUCAGAAGGCAUCGAUUGGGGUAUGGGUGGUGAUGAAGAGGAGGAAGAGUCUGAUGAAGAGAAUCCCUUUGCUUCGAUGGAAACCCAGGAAGACAGAGAGGCUGCUUACAUCAAGGAUCCCAAGAAAACACUCAGAGGAUUCUUUGAGAGAGAAGAUGUUGAGUUAGAAUAUGAAGUGGAUGAGAAAGGGAGUGGUUUCGACCAUCAGUACGUUUGCAGAGUACAGCUGCCUCUGGAUGAUCAAGUAGGGCUUCCAAUCUACGCAGAAGCAUCGGUCUCAGGCAAGAAGAAGGAGGCAGUCAUAGCCUGUGCCUUGGAAGCUUGUCGUAUUCUGGAUGCUCAUGGGGUUCUUAGACAGGCAACCCAUGAAAGUAAGAAGAGGAAAGCCAAAGACUGGGCUCAGGAUGAUUACUAUGACAGCGAUGAUGAUACGUUCCUGGACAGAACUGGAGCCAUUGAGCAGAAGAGGAAACAACGUAUGAAGAAAGCUGGACUCCUUCAAGAGAAGGCUCAGACAUAUGACUCUUUGCUUGCAAAGCUUGCAGAAGUUGAUGCUGAGCUUGCAGAAACAGAAAAGAAACUUGAAGAAGCCAAGAAAGUUCAACCAAAGUCCGGAGAAUCAGACAGCCUGGAUGAUUUCAUUGCUAGCCUGAAGGCUGGGGGCAGUUCACACGAUAGGGCUCAGAGGGCCAAACUUAAGUUCAAGGUGGUGGACCUUAGGAAGGAACAGUUCAGACUACAGAAGCUAGUCCAGGUGGCCAGACCUACGCAUAUUCCAGAGCCUCCCAGGUUGAAAUCCCUUCCUAAAGGCAAGGCUCUACCCAUGACUGGUUCCAUGAAAUCCAAAUCAAACUUCAAAGAUAGAUUCCAACCAAAGAUUCAAAUAAACGCUUUCAAGUUAAAGAAGGAAACAGAAGAAGAGGUGGAAGAAGAAGAGGAGGAGGAUGAAAAUGAAGGUAAAUAGCACAUAAUACGUAGU